GGGCUGUGCCAUUCAGGCCUGUCCAGACAAGGCCUGUCCAGACCAACGAACGGCAGGGCCCGUCCAGCCGGAACGCGCUCCACCGCGACACGCAUGCCAGCACGGCCAUCUGUGCUAGUGCCGGCAUCUGAGACGUCGUCGCUGCAAACAGCGAUUUGAUCCACCGCCUCAGGAGAUAAAGAAAUCUAGAACAAAACACCCCCCCAUCGCCCAGCCUUGGCCACCCGAACUUGCUCCACGACACCACUCCUCCCCACCAUCGCCAAUCGCGCCCUCGACUCUGGGCACCCUCCUCCCCUGAUGGGCAUCGCCAGCACCAACAAUGGCGCCAGCAAUAGCCUCCAGGCCAGACUCGUCGCCGCCUGGCAUUCCCUCCGCGAUGCCUGGGCGCGCGUCUACCCGGGCAUCAAGCCCUAUCUCCCGCCCGUGAACUUUAUCACCAUACACUACUCCUAUUUUGUCUUUUUCGGCCUCGUCAUGUCGGCCGUCUUCUUCGCCCUGUCGGACCGCGAGGAGUUCACGACACUCAGCUUUAUCGACUCGUGGUUCCUCAUCAUGUCGUCCUUCACCGGCAGCGGCCUCAAUACCAUCAACCUCAGCGACCUGGUUACGGGCCAGCAGGCCAUUUUGUUUCUGAUGAUGAUCCUGGGCAGCCCCAUACUCGUCGCCGAGAGCACCAUCCUGGUGCGCCUGUAUCACUUCUCCAAGCGCUUCGAGCACGUCGAGAACUUUGAGCGCGAGAAGCGCCGGCGCAAGCGGGCCACGGGGGCAAUGAUUGGCAUGGCUGGUGCCAUGGCCGGCCUGCCCGUCAUGUCAUCCUUUGGCGCCCAUCAGGCCGACGCCAGCGAGCACUCCCGGCGCGCCAAGCUCGACGCCUUUGAGCUCUCGAAGCCCAACAAACACGCAUCCGACCGCCGCAGCUCCCACUUCGAGGACAGUGACGCCACCCCUGCCGCCCAGCCCGCAAGCACCACCACGCCGACCGCCACACACCCGCACGCCGCGGUGCUGCAAAACGUCCUCGACGGCAACAACGGCAACAACGGCAACCCCCUGUCGCCCGGCGGCCGCGGCGAUCACACCGCGCCCUCGCACGCCCACUUCCGACACCGUAACCACCGCCCGCCGCAGCUCGCACGCGCGGCAACGGCCAGGGUGGGAGGCGGCGCGGGAGGCUUUGGAGGGGCGCACCACGGCUUCGACUUCCGCCAUUUCGUCAAGGAGCACAAGAGCUCCAUCGGGCGCAACGGACAGUUCUUCGACCUGGACGAGGACCAGCGCGAGUACCUGGGCGGCGUCGAGUAUCGGUCGCUCAAACUCCUAUUCGUCAUCAACGCCGUCUACUUCUUCCUCUGGCAGGCCCUUGGCGCCAUCGCACUCGGCGCCUGGAUGGCAACCUACAGCCGCGAGAUCUGCGCCGUCAACAACCAGGACCCCUGGUGGACCGGCGUCUUCCUGGCCGUGUCGGCCUUCAAUAACGCCGGCAUGACACUGCUGGACGCCGGCAUCGCCGCCUUCAACCGCGACCCCUUCGUCCUGACCAUCGUCACCAUCCUUUCGCUCGCUGGCAACGCCGCCUUCCCGGCCUUUGUCCGCGGCACCGUCUACGUCUGCCGCCUCGGCUUCAAGUACGGCAUCGCCCGCUACGGCCCGACCGGCCACGACUACGGCGCGUGGGAGGAGGCCUUCGACUUCAUCCUCAAGUACCCGCGCCGUCUGUUCAUGCUCAUGUUCCCGUCGCGCCAAAACCUCGUCUUCAUCGGCUUCUUCUCCACCCUCGUGCUCAUCAACUGGGUCGGGCUCGUGGUGCUCAACAUUGGCAACUCGCUUUUCGACGACACCCCUAACCCCGCCCGCACCGGCAUCAUGCUCUUCCAGGCCAUCGCCACGCCCUCGAGCGGGCUUGCCGUAUUUUCCAUCUCGGGGCUGUGGUUUGGCCUGUUGGUGCUCCUGCUUGUCACCAUGUACCUGGCCGCGUACCCCGAGAUUAUUGUCAUGCGCAAUUCGAACGUCUACGAAGAACGAUCCCUCGGUCUUUAUUCGGUGGACGAGGCGCAGAAACAGGACGAGGAGGAGGACGCCGCCGAGGCCGCGGCAGAGAUGACGGUCAUCGCCCCGCUCCUGUCGCCCACCUCGGUGGCGGCGUCGCACACGACCGCCAUAUCAAGGUCCAUGCAACCCAUCAAGUCGCUGGCCGCCGUCGGCCGGCGCGGCACCGCCUUCGUCGGCAAGCAGAUUCAGCGGCGCAUGAACGACUUCCAAGGCGUGGGCAUCGACACCAGUUCGCGGCGCGACUACGUCCCCAUCCCCGGCCUCAAGCGGUCCGAGGAGAUCGACUUUGACGACCCCGCGCCCGUCGCCGCGCCCGAGGGCGGCAUCAGCCUCGUCUCGCAGCACCUUAGGGGCCAGCUGUCGCACGACAUGUGGUCCAUCGCCCUGGCCCUCUUCCUGGUCGCCCUGAUCGAGACGGCGCACUCCAUCGCCGACCCGCAGGGCUACAGCAUCUUCAACUUUCUGUUCGAGAUCGUGUCGGGCUACACAAACAUCGGCAUCUCGGUCGGCCUGACGGGCAAGUCCUUCAGCUUCUGCGGCGGCUGGUUCGCCGGCAGCAAGGUCGUCAUGGUGCUCAUGAUGAUCCGCGGCCGCCACAGGGGCCUGCCCGUCGCCCUGGAUCACUCGGUCAAGCUGCCCGGUUGGGACGACGCGGCGCGCGAGGACCAGGACGCCGAGAUUCGGAGAACUAUCAGCAGGGCGAGGACGAGCGUGGAUGCGCACCGGGUUCCGUAGGGGGCGUUUUGUAGUUUAUUGUGUAGUUGUUGAAUGUACAGACGAGAUAUGCAGAUCAACAUGGUGUUUCUCAAUUGGCAGUGACUGCUCAGGCCGUCAGCAUUGACAAGCCUCCGCAAUGCGCCAAGACAACCUUUUCCAAGAAAACGAAUACAAAAGAAAACAAGCCAAAAGAAUUCACAGGAGAUAAGAGAAACGCGUACAAGAAUAAAGAAAAAGAAGGCGUAUAAGAACGAUAAAGCGAAAUAAAAAGAAGAAUCAGGAAAAGGAAUGAGCCCUGGGAAUAAAAACAGGAAUAACGAUAGGAAUAGAAAUAAAGAAAUCAUUUAAAGAC